AUGAAAGCCAGAUCUGUGCCAUAUGCUUUACGUCCAAAAAUUGAAGCUGAACUUGAACGUCUCACAGCACAAGGGGUCUUUGAGCCAGUGACACACACACAAUGGGCAACCCCAAUUGUGCCAGUUCUUAAACCUAAUGGUGAUGUGAGACUCUGUGGAGACUAUAAAUGCACAGUAAAUAAAGCUCUUAAUCAGCAUCCAUAUCCUGUGCCUGCUGUGAAUCAACUGUUAUCCACACUAGCUGGUGGCAAGGUUUUUGCAAAACUUGAUCUUGCCCAGGCAUACCAACAGUUGUUGGUGGAUGAAGCUUCUGCAGAUGCCCAGACUAUUAUUACCCAUCGGGGUGCAUUCAGGGUAAAGCGCCUCCAGUUUGGAAUUUCAACCGCACCAGGAAUAUUCCAGCACUUUAUGGAAACCUUGCUAUCCAGCAUUCCUGGUGUUGUACCAUAUUUUGAUGAUGUUCUACUAAUGGGGCCAUCUGAAAGUAUACUGGCUGACCGCCUUAGAGAAGUACUAUCUCGUUUUGAUUCAUCAGGCAUUCGUUUAAAAAAAGAAAAGUGUGAGAUUGGAGCUACCAGUGUAAACUUCUUGGGGUACCGUAUAGAUGCUUCAGGCAUUCAUCCUACAGAAAGUAAAGUGAAAGCUAUCCAUGAUGCACCUGAACCAAAAUGUAAACAAGAACUUCAAGCAUUCCUUGGGUUGCUCAAUUUCUAUCACAGCUUCCUUGCUCACAAGGCAACAGUGGCAGAGCCUCUUCAUCGCUUGUUUGACAAAGGGGUCCCAUGGAAUUGGACUCCUAAACAUUCAGAGGCCUUCUGCAAAGUUAAACAGUUGCUGACAUCUGAUUCUCUUCUUGUCCAUUAUGAUGAAGAUCGGCCAUUAAUACUUACUACAAAUGCAUCUCCUUAUGGUGUUGGCGCUGUUCUUAGCCACAUUCUCCCAAAUGGUAAAGAGGCACCAGUUGCUUAUUACUCUAGGACAAUGACAUCAGCAGAGAGGAACUAUGCACAAAUUGAUAAAGAAGUAUUAGCUAUCAUAGCUGGUGUUAAGAAGUUUCAUAAUUACCUCUAUGGACAUACAUUUGAAAUCCACACUGAUCAUAAACCAUUACUGGGUUUGCUCUCAAAAGAUAGCCCUACUCCUAAUGUUAUGUCACCUCGAAUGCUCAGAUGGAGUAUCGUGCUAAGUGCUUAUGAUUACACUCUUCUUUAUAAACCUGGAAAAUCAAUCUUAAAUGCUGAUGCUUUGAGUCGCUUGCCUUUACAGAUCCCAGACUGCUCACUACCCCCUUUACUUGAAGUACUUAUGCUUGAAUCCCUCCCUGAUUCUCCACUGGAAGCUACUGAGAUUGCUCAUAUGACUGCAAAGGAUCCAAUCCUUUCUCGUGUUCUCAACUGGGUGUGGAGGGGAUGGACAAAUGAAAAGUUGUCUGAAGAGUUCAGACCAUAUUCAAACCGUCAACAUGAACUAUCUGCACAUAAAGGGUGUUUAUUAUGGGGAAGCCGAGUAGUCAUUCCUCAAAGAGGACGCAAAUUUGUCCUAGAUAUGCUACAUGCAGCCCACCCAGGAAUCGUGCGCAUGAAAGCUCUCGCAAGGAGUUAUGUCUGGUGGCCCAGAAUUGACACAGACAUAGAGGAGGCCGUACAUCUGUGUGUCACUUGCCAGAACUCUCAUCACAGCCUCCUUGCAGCUCCAGUGUUUCCUUGGGAGAUUACAAAAAAGCCUUGGUCUAGACUUCAUAUUGAUUUUGCUGGACCAUUCCAGGGGAAGAACUUUCUUGUAGUGGUAGACUCUUUCUCAAAAUGGUUAGAGGUCAUCCUCGUGUCAUCUCAGACAUCAGCUGUGACAAUUUCAGCCCUACGUCAUCUGUUUGCAACACACGGAAUACCAGAUGUUAUUGUAUCAGACAAUGGGACUGCUUUUACUUCUGAGGAGUUUAAGACCUUUACCAAUAACAACUUAAUAAAGGCAGUAACCAUUGCUCCACGUCGACCUCAAGGAAAUGGACAAGCUGAAAGAAUGGUUCAAACUGCGAAGGAUGCACUCAGAAGGAUUACUAAUGGGGACUGGUCAACAAGACUUGCACGAUUCCUUAUAGCUCAGCAUGUUACCCCAUGUCCUACCACAGGUGUCAGCCCUGCUGAGCUUCUGAUGGGGCGGCGCCUUAAAACAUGUCUUGAUCGUCUUAAUCCAGAUCUAACUGAUGAUGUAGAAAGGAAACAGCAACAAAGCCUGGAUUCAGCCCUAUCCUCUAAGACUCUGCGUACAGUUGCUUCUAAUGAUCCAGUGUAUGCCAGGAAUUAUGGGGCUGGUCCAAAGUGGGUCCCUGCAGUAAUAACUGAAGUUACUGGACCUGUGUCAUACAAGGUACAUUGUGAUGAUGGGCAAGAGUGGCACCGUCAUGUUGAUCAGUUGCGGAGGCGUGUUCAGCCAAGUAACAGUACCUUAAUGGAGAGCAUGGGUUGUCCCAAGGUGGUUCCUAGUGACUCUCUUCCAGAUGAAGUGGCUACCCCAUGCAGCCAAGGGACCAAUGAAACCAGUAUUCCACCAGAGAAUGACUCUGCUCCUAUAGAGAAAUGUGAUAACUCCUCCCAAGAUGUCUCUUGGGGUCAGACUUCUGGUUAUGAACGGCCACAACGCAACAGGGUGCCUCCAAAGUGGAUGGACGAUUACGUUAGCUAGGGGGGAGGAGUGUUGUGUACCACUAGAGG